GGAGCGGGCUGCAGUGCAGGAUGAGAGGUCUGCUGUGCUCCACCAAGUGUGAGAGCAGGAAGACAUAUCAGCUGACAGGCGGCCCUCCCUUCGGGGGACAGAAACAGACACCCUCGCGCCUCUCAACCUGGAAACUGGAGGCUGGGGACGGCUCACUUCUGCCGUGCGUACAGUGCGCCUCCUUUCCAGAACUCUCCACUUCUCACUUUCUCCCGGAGAUCCAGCACGAGCCUGUCGUCUCUCUGAGCAACUUGGGAAAACUUUGGCCCCCGGAUUACUGCCGCUGAACCUGUCGGUGUCUCCAUGCGGGGAGCGCAGUGAGCAUCGUGCGCUCUGCUGCGGGGACUGGAAACAGCCUCGGUGUGUUAAUAUUCAAACUCCUGCAAAGUCUCUCAAAGUCCAGGGGCCACUGCAGCGAAGAUGCCAGUCCGGAGGGGCCAUGUGGCUCCGCAGAACACCUUCCUGGACACCAUCAUCAGGAAAUUCGACAGUCAAAGUCGUAAGUUCGUCAUAGCCAACGCAAGAGUGGAGAACUGCGCCAUCAUCUUCUGCAACGAUGGCUUCUGCCACUUGUGCGGUUACUCACGUGCUGAGAUCAUGCAGAAGCCAUGCACGUGUAACUUCCUGUACGGACCCGAGACCAAGCGACUGGCCAUCGCCCAGAUGGCACAAGCCCUGCUGGGGUCGGAGGAGAGGAAAGUGGAGAUCAACCUUUACCGCAAAGAUGGUCACUGCUUGCUGUGUAUGGUGGAUGUGGUGCCAGUGAAGAACGAGGAUGGCGUGGUGAUCAUGUUUAUCCUCAACUUUGAGGUCAUGACAGAAGAUACAUUCCAAGACCACAAAGAGGAGCUCAACCACCGCCUGCCCACCUGGCUUGUCACAGGUCGUCCACGAGGCUUCAAGCUGCGUCUUCCUCUGCUGCGCUCCCUGUCCAAUAGUAAAGCGUCUCUGGACGACACAGAGGCCGGUCACAUCCCCACUGCUACACCGCUGCCGUUGCACCCAGACCACCACAGUCACGAGUCCCUAGGCCCGGGGGAGUUUCUGCCCCUUCCCCCUUUACCACCAGACCACCAGGAACAAAUCACUGGAAGCAGGUUAGCGCUACAGAGUUGGCCGGAAGACCGCCGGGAGGACCAGCGCACCUUACUGAGCAGUGACCCUCCUGUACCACCUCCACCUCCUCCUCCGCACAGAACCCACCUGGUGGGUCCCCUCGCCCAGUCGUCACCCUGCGUAGCACCUCACCACCGCCUCAGCCUCAACCCAGAGGGCUCAGGCUCCAACUGCUCCAUGUCGCACAGCCGCUCGCGGGAGAGCUUCCACAGUAUGCGUCGCGCCUCCUCCGUAGACGAGAUCGAGGCCAUGAGGCCCGACUGGGACCGAAAGAACCGGAGAGCGAGUAUCCGGCCGGGCAGCAGCAGCACCGGCGCGGUAAACAGCAAGUCCAACAUAUUGAACUCUACAUCGGACUCCGACCUCAUGCGGUACCGAACCAUUUCCAAAAUCCCUCAGAUAACCCUCAACUUUGUGGAUUUCAAACCUGACCCUCUCAUCGCCCUGCCCACCGGGGAGAUGGACAUCAUAGCUCCCUGCAAACUCAUCGACCGGACCCACAACGUCACAGAGAAAGUCACACAGGUGCUGUCUCUGGGUGCAGAUGUUUUGCCAGAGUACAAACUCCAGGCUCCUCGCAUCCACAAGUGGACGGUGUUGCACUACAGCCCCUUCAAGGCGGUGUGGGACUGGCUCAUCCUGCUGCUGGUCAUCUACACCGCCAUCCUGACACCCUACUCAGCCGCGUUCCUCCUCAAUGACCAGGAAGAGGUAGCCAUGCAGAACUGUGGUUACUCCUGCUCUCCUCUCAAUGUGGUGGACCUCAUAGUGGAUAUCAUGUUCAUUAUUGACAUCCUUAUCAACUUCAGGACAACAUAUGUGAACUCUAAUGAUGAGGUGGUGAGCCACCCGGUGCGUAUCGCCGUGCACUACUUCAAAGGCUGGUUCCUCAUCGACAUGGUGGCUGCUAUUCCCUUUGACCUGCUCAUCUACCGCAACGGAGAGGAGACCACCACUUUGAUUGGUCUGCUGAAAACUGCACGUCUCCUGCGAUUGGUGCGUGUGGCCAGGAAGCUGGACCGCUACUCGGAGUACGGCGCAGCUGUCCUCUUCCUCCUCAUGUGCACCUUCGCCCUCAUCGCUCACUGGCUGGCCUGCAUCUGGUAUGCCAUCGGUAGCGUAGAGAGGAAUGGUUCGAUUGGCUGGCUUCACACGCUGGGGGACCAACUGGGAAAACACUUCAACGACUCCAUCCCAGGUUCGGGACCCUCCAUCAAAGACAAGUAUGUCACAGCUCUGUACUUCACCUUCAGCAGUCUGACCAGUGUGGGAUUUGGAAAUGUGUCGCCAAACACUAACUCUGAGAAGAUCUUCUCCAUCUGCGUCAUGCUUAUAGGAUCUCUGAUGUACGCCAGCAUCUUUGGGAAUGUGUCAGCCAUCAUCCAGCGGCUGUAUUCGGGGACGGCCCGCUACCACACCCAGAUGCUGAGAGUCAGGGAGUUCAUCCGCUUCCACCAGAUCCCCAACCCACUCAGGCAGAGGCUGGAGGAGUAUUUCCAACACGCCUGGUCCUACACCAACGGGAUCGACAUGAAUGCUGAUGAUUGGAAGACUUUGUCUCAGCAUGCAUGGUCCGACACCCUCAGAGAAAAUAGGAAUGAUGUGCUGAAAGGUUUCCCAGAGUGUCUUCAGGCGGAUAUCUGCCUCCAUCUGAACCGGACGCUGCUGCAGAACUGUAAGGCUUUUACAGGCUCCACCAAGGGCUGCCUCAGGGCAUUGGCCAUGAAGUUCAAGACCACCCACGCACCCCCUGGCGACACGCUGGUCCACGCUGGGGACGUCCUCACUGCCCUCUACUUCAUAUCCAGGGGAUCCAUAGAGAUACUGAGAGGAGACGUGGUGGUAGCCAUCUUGGGUAAGAAUGACAUCUUUGGCGAGCCUAUCAACCUGUAUUCCCGACCGGGUAAAUCCAACGCUGAUGUAAGGGCUCUAACCUACUGCGACCUCCACAAGAUCUUAAGAGAAGAUGUUCUGGAGGUGCUGGACAUGUAUCCUGAAUUCGCAGACAACUUCUGGAACAACCUGGAAAUCACCUUCAACCUCCGAGAUACCAACAUGAUCCCAGGCUCUCCAAGCAGCGAUGACUCCAACUGUGGGGGAUUCAACAAAUUACGCAGACGGAAGUUAUCGUUCCGAAGACGUACAGAAAAAGAUGAUGCAGAUGCUGGCGAAAUUAAAAAAUCCCAUAAGUCUGUGAGACGAAGACAGAGGGAAGCAGCCAACAACCAAAAACAGGAGAAGGCAACUAAGCAUCAGUGGGAGGCACAUCGAAGCUCAGUGUCCUCAAACUCCAGUGGUGAUGAGGGGGAGGAGUCAGUUGGGACCAGACUCGCCCCUCCACCGGUGAUGCUGGAGAGCCCACAGGCUCAGGUCAAGCCCAUGAGCUUCAACGAGAACACUGAGGGUGACGGAGACCCCAAGACUGGGAACACGUGCAACGCCCUGUCAGGUGCAUUCUCAGGUGUGUCCAACAUCUUUAGUUUCUGGGGGGAGAGUCGGGGGGGCGGUCAGUACCAGGAGGUUCCCAGCUGCAGCCUGGCCUCCCCACCGCCACUCAACGCGCCGCUGCACAGCCUGAGCCGACAGCAACGCAACCAGCUGGACACUCGCCUGGACCUGCUGCAGAAACAGCUCAACAGGUUGGAGAGUCGCAUGUCGACAGACAUCGGAGCAAUCAUGCAGCUGCUGCAGAGACAGAUGGCCCUGGUUCCUCCUGCCUACAGCGCCGUUUCAUCACCACCUCAGGCCUCACCCUACCCUGCUCCCGGCCCAGGACCAGGUCCAGAGGAGAGACUGGUCCAGCCUGUUACACCUCUGGAGACAGACACCCUGGCCUCCCUAUCACAGAUCUUGGAUUCCCAGGACUUUGAGGAGUUCCCAGCCAAGCCUCUUGACUCCCUGCAGCCCCAGGACUUCACACUGAUCAACACCGGCCAGGGCCAGCUUGCCCCCUCUGGACUAGAGAGCCUGGGGCAGCAUCUGGAGCUGGAGCUGGGCCUGGGGACUGGGCCUGGUGUCAUUUCAGGGCCAGCAGUGGGUUCAGGUUUAGGAUUAGAUUUAGGGAGCAGGGCAGCUGUUGGAUCUGGCGUAGGAGCAGGGUUAGACUUUGUUUCAGGGUUGUGUAUGGGGGCUGGGGUUGGGCCAGCGGCUGGAACAGGGGUAUCAUCCCUAGACCCUGAAACCCAAAGGAGGCGGUCCCUCCAAGAACCACAGACACCUCUGGACUCACGGACACCACAGAGACACGGCUCCGACCCAGGGGGGAGCUAAGGAAAAGGUGAAGGCGGAUGGAAGGAGGGAUACAGAGAGAGAAUGAGAGUGAUCCUGCUGUCCCUCAUGGCACUUACUGUACCUACUACCAAAACCCUUUGGGGAACCCAGCUACUGUAUCUUUCACCUUUGACCUCUCGAGAAAGGACACACAGCUCAGAGAGAGUGAUGCCAGGCCUCUCUCUGUCUCUCUCUUCCACAAGUCCACCACCCCCCCUCUCCUCAUAAAACAUCUGGAGCUUUCUGAACUCCACAACGGUACAACCUUUAACCAAAACCACAAACAGAGCAGAGAGAAGCUCUGCCUCUAAAUGAACACAUUCCAGGUCAACCCUGACUGAUCUGGUCUGCCUCUCAGUCAUCUUCUGAGGAUGACACAUCUUCACACACACUUAAGUGACUGCUAACCUGUAGAAGAAUCCCUUUACUGCUGUAUCCAGUGUUGGAUGACUGACGAGAACAAGAAAAGACAACAACGGACAGAAUAAUGACGAACAAGUAGCCAUUUACGUCUUGCACUGAAAAUCCUAUUGAUAUAAUGAUUAUUCUAUUCUCUAUGUCCGUGGCGCUUCCGAUAAACUCACAAACUGGUUGGUGAAGUGUAGUGUUAGCUGGCCUAACAGGAAACCUGCCGUCCUUCUAUUGGUUCCCUCCCCCUGAUGCCCCGCCCUCAGAGGCGGAGCUGAGGCUCCCCCCUUCCCAAGAGCACACUGGAUUGGCUGGUUUGCACCUCAGGGGUGGGAACUGGAGGGUUAAAAGCCAUGAAUUUUCUCGAUGAACAUAUCAGCUGCCCUAUCAUAAACAUUGUACAGAUUUGCUAGUGAGUGAAGAACAUAUGGCAUGCUCAGGCAGUGUCGCAAACAGGUAAACUGGCAAACUUACAAGUUUACCACGAGAACAGUGCACCAAAACAGCAAACUAUAAAUAUUUAAAGAAGCAGGAAACCCCAGCUUACUAAUUCCACAAGCUAUGAGUUGUGACCUUACAGAGAAACAGAGAAGUUGUGUUUGAUUAUCAAAGUGAUGAAGUCUGCUUUGAUUUCAAAAGAAAAAAAAAAAGCUUGAGUGAUUCUAGUUUAUCAUAGUUGAAUUUGCUACCUCAGAUUUUAUUGGUCCUUACUUUUUUCACCUGAGCAAGCACCCACAAUGCUUUUACCUUGUACAUAGCAGUUUGUCGUGUGAUACGUAAAUAUACAAGUUUGCCAGUUUACAGUGACCAGCCGAAUGCGCCAUUAUUCUAUGUACGGUACAAUAUGCAAACACUGGCGAGAAGAGAUGAGUGAUUGCGCUUUAAUCUUAUUAUGUGUGUGAUAAGUUCAGGUCCAAAGCUUUUACUGUGUGUGUUUGUCCUUGUCUUUUGGGGUUUCUUUUUUCUUUUUUUCUUUUUUUUGUCUUUCAGGCUGCAGAGCAUGGCGUUUGCUUUCACACGCUGUAGAGGAUCACUGGAUUCUAAUAUUUAGGACAAAUUUAUUUUCUUGGCCCCAAAAAGUGAUUUUAAUGACUUGUUUAAACAGGCAUAUGACAGAUUCAGUGUUUGUGUUUUGAAUCUAUACAGCACAAAUAAAAAACCUGUACAAUGUAGGUUUUAGUAUACUUAGGAGGUCAUCCAGAAUUUUCACUUCUCCAGCAGCGAUCCCAGGAAGAAGAAACUGUACUCGAGCACCAAUCUUUCUGGUAAAACUUAUAAUAAGUGUUAAUUUAAUCUAAUUACCUCCAAUUUUGAAGUCCCUAGAUACACAUCUGAUCCUUGUCAUGUCAUGUUAGCAGACCACCAACACACUAACACAGAUUCUCUGAGGUAUGAAGAUGCACAGAUGGUGAGUACUUCACCAGCCUAGUUAAAGGAAGGUAGAGUGUACAAGGGAUUUUUGAAACUGUGAACGUCUUUGGUCCAGGCCUCCACUUUCAUCUUCCUACGUGAUAUGAUAUCACUUCAGUGCAUGUCAAGGAAAUGGCAACUUAAUAUAGUGAAUGAUAUGAUUUCCUUUGUUCAUGAAUGUUCUUUGGACUUCAGUCAUACUGUAGGUGGUCAGUAAGCAGGAUGAAGAACAUAAAAGUCUGGUUUCUUUUUAAUUAAAUAGUAUCAACAGAAAGGUAUUCCUUGCAUACUAAAAAUUACUGUAAAGUAGUGGUUCUCAACCUGGGGGUCAGGACCGUCACUAGGGGUCGCCAGCGCUUCACAGGGUGUUGGGAGGCCUUCUUGUUUUUAAGAAAACUUGAGAAAUAUAAACAGUAGGCCUAUAGCUCAACAUUUUGUUCACUUCUGUGAAAAACAGUAAAUUAAAUUGCCUAAUCAAACAGUGGCCAGGUGGCAGGGACAAUUUGUCCAAAAAGAAGCCUGUUUAUUAUGUAUGAUUGUUAAAAAUGAUAAUAAAAACAAAACAAAAAACACAAUACAGACAGAUAAUUUUAUAAAAAUCCCUGAAGAAAGUUUUACAUAACCUUCCUGCAGUUAACAGUUUGGGUUCAUUGAAUAGUUUUGAAUAUAAUAUGAAAUAUCCAUAAAAUAUGUCACCGAGUCAGGAGUCCUCAGUUUAUUAAAUUCCACAAGUAGAGACAAGAAGAGAACCACUGCUGUACAGUAUAAGGAAAAAGGUCCCAGAACUAAGUUUUCUAACAAUGUUUGAAAAUAAAUCAACAGUCAGAAGUUUAACACUUGGCGCAGUGCAUGUCCAUCCCAUACAGAGAACAUACACCCUUUUUAAAUCUAAAUAACCAUCAUCUACAAAUGGAACAAAUAGCAGUGGAGAUGAACAUGGCGUAAGGGUGGAGUCCAGGUACCUCAGGGCCAGCAGAGAUGUAUGAAAUAAUAAGAGUAGGUGCUCUACCCCCUUACAGUGGAACUAACUCUUUCAUAUUUAUCAGUUUUGAGUUUUGAGUUGCCAAGAUGAAGGAAAAUACAAACCUGACAUCUUCAAAUUGUCUUCCCUGAUACAAAAUUAUACGGACAGACCCUUUCCUGUACCCCACGAUAAGGAGUUUACCAGAGGAGGGAAAGCCUGUUGAAGUGCAAUAGUCCUUUAAACAGUUAAGACUUGUAGCAGCUUAACUGCAUUUGUUAAUUCUCAGCACUUUAUUCCUUAAACAGUGCAGAUGUUUAAUGAAGACUCAGGAACGUGUCAUUGAUGUUCAACGGUUCAUUUUCCUUUGUCUCACAACUCGAAACCAACCAAUCAGAAGGAAGAAACGUUGCGUUUCAUGCGUGACAUGUACAGUAGUAACAUCCAGAACUUUAACUCUGGCCCCUUUAAUGCAGAAUUGUGAAGAUUGUAUAAUGCUGCUUGCUGGUCAAAGCUAUUGUAUUUAUUUGUUGUUGUAGGAUUAUUAAUAUUUGUCUGUGGAUUGUACCUACUAUGAUUUAUCACUUGUCUCGGGUUGAAGAACAGCUCAUUUGGUGGAGAAAGAAGUGAGGGCGUUCUGUGUAAACUUGUCUUCAUAAUUUAUGCUCACGCAACCAUUCUCAAUAUUUAUUCAAUAUUUAUGGGUGUACUUAUUAUUAUCAUUAUUAAUAAUUCCAAACUGGUCACAAACGCACACAUAGCCACAUUGAGUCUUUGCCUGUGCAGUAAUCGGCUAAACGUCCACAGCUAAUGUCACACUUUGAGGUGCCCUUUAGUAUUCAGCCAAAGCAAGUAAACGCUGUAACAGAUGAUCAUUGGUGACAUUUUAACCGGCGUGUAAUUCAGCUGAAGGUUUGACUUAAAGGGCCAGUGUGUAGGAUUCAGUGACAUCUAGCCAUGAAGACUGCAACCUCACAACAUAUCAUAAUACAACAUGUUCAACAUGAAAUACAAAAAUGCACAAUAAAACAGAAGUACAACUACUUAAACACAUUGGCCUCUUACAAAAAAACUACCACAUGCCUCCGUCACCACAUUCUUUAAGGCUACGUUCACACUGCAGGCCAAAGUAAACCAAAUGUUUUGCUCAUAUGUGACUCGGAUCUGAUUUCUUCCAUGACAGUGUGAUAUAGGUCUGAUUCUUUGCAGUGUGACCUCAGGACCUUCAGGAAUCUGAUAUUGGCCAAAUUUUAAAAAUGUGAACAGCCAAACAAAACAAUCUGAACUGAGCGUUCAGGCUUGCAGUGUGAAUGUAGCCUAUGAUGCCCUUAAAUUCAUCAGUGGAUAUAAAUGUGUCUAAUUUGAAUACUGCACAGCCUGU